UCCAUGGGCAGCCCAGCAAGUGCAUGGAACGCCAACUGCACUCUCCAAUCAGAAACCACAACAAGCACUUUGAUUAACCAAAACACGGCGCAAUGGGAGAUACGGUUAUCGGAACUUAUAGACGGGUUAACGACUCGUUCAAUAGAACAACACACGAUGGGAAGUACGAUUAUCGAAUCUCUCGGAUCGAUCGGGUAACAUUCUCAUUCAGCGAAAAACUACGGCACGAUGGCAACGUAUCUAUGCAGCGGAGUGUUCACUGUACUACUGUGGAUUCUGGGGACUCCCUCCCCGAUUUCAGCUGGUAAUAUUCUGGCCGUAUACCCGCACUUUGGGUUCAGUCACUUCAAGGUCGUGAUGCCCAUUCUCAACGAACUGGCGAGUCGGGGACAUGACAUCACCGUGAUCUCUUAUGUGAAGAAUCCCCAGGCGAAGGGCUAUUCGAACUACGAGGAACUGCUGAUCUCGGCACCGGAUGAGGAUCAGUCGAGCACCACUAUAAACCUGGUUCCCCUGACGGAACACACACCCACCAGAUCCUUGGAAGUGCUCAUUCGGGAGUAUAUAUCCCUUUUUGAAGAGGGUCAGGAGACCUGCAAGCAUCUUUUCACCAGUGGUCACAUAGAAAAGGUUAUUAAGAGACACCAGAGUAAACCUUUUGAUCUACUCCUCACCGAGUACUUCAACUCCGAUUGCCAACUGGUGCUGGCCAAGCUACUGAAUCUUCCCAUCAUUGGAUUGAGUACCUGUGCCCUGAUGCCCUACUACUACGAUCGCAUCGAUCUGCCAGACACACCCGCCUUCGUCCAAUCGGAGUACGUGGGAUUCGCUGAGCCGCUGAACUGGCAUGAGCGGCUGCUCAACUUUGCUCAGGCCAAGUUACUAAGACUCCUCUACAAGUAUCACGCCAAUGCGGCUGACAACGAGCUGGUUCGAAAGUAUCUCGGAGUGGAAAUAGAUGUUGACGAAGUGGCUCGCACCCAGACAGCUUUUGUUUUCGGGAACCAGCACUAUUCUCUGAUGGGAAGUCGGCCACAAUCACUGCAGUUCGUGGAAGUCGGAGGUGUGCACAUCACCAAGGAGGCAGAAAAAGAUCUACCGGAAAACAUCACAAGCUUCCUGAAUCAGUCCAGUGAAGGAGUGAUCUUCAUCAGCUGGGGAUCCAUGGUGCGAGCUUCGAGCAUCGAUGAGGAGAAACUAACAGCCAUAUUGGAAGUCCUUCAAAAUCAGCCUUUAAGGGUCAUUUGGAAAUGGGAGGCGGACGAGACUCCAGUAGCAGAUUCCUCAAAGUUUCUGUUUGUAAAGUGGGCUCCUCAACUAGCUCUUCUGUGUCAUCCCAAAGUGAAGUUGUUUUGGACCCAUGGCGGCUUACUGGGAACUACGGAAUCGGUUCAUUGCGGCAAACCCAUGCUGGUUACUCCGAUUUAUGGGGAUCAGUUCCUAAAUGCAUUCUCCGUACAAAAUCGUGGAAUGGGUCUGAAGUUUGACUACCAGGAUAUCUCUGUUUCGAAUCUUAGAAAGGCUUUUACUAAACUCAGCAAUGAGAGCUACUCCCAACGUUCUGCUCAGAUCUCGAAGAUUUUCAAUAACAGACAAAAGACUCCAUUGGAGUCGGCAAUUUGGGCUGUGGAACAUGUUAUCCAAAAUGGUUUAAUUGCUGCCGAACUUCUGCAAUCUCCUGGCAUUAAGUUAAAUGGAUUUAUCUACUACUCUCUGGACAGCGUAGUCCUGCUCCUAACUCCCAUAAUGCUGCUGUUCAUAAUAGCAAGCUUCUGUUGCAGAAGAAGGCCUCCUAAGUCGGCCAGCAAGAAACUUGGCAGGAAACCAAAGAGAUCUUAG